AUAUUUGAUUUGAAAGGAGGCGAGAACACGUGCGCAAGCGUGACACUUUACUAAUCAAUACGGUUCUUGCACAGCAUUACCGAGAAAUUUUUGCUAUCAGCGAAGAAUAUCACGAUGAAUUCUGAUUCGCACACUUGCAUACCCGACACGGCAGUUAUAGGUGAGCUCCCAGGAGAUGAGGGCAUAGACAACAUCGCCGAGUCGGUCGACGAGCUACGAGCCAAAUUGAGUAGGAUGAAGAGUUUGAUGGAGGCGCGUAAAGGGACGACUCUUGGUGACCUCAGUGCGCGAAAAAAAAAGGAAACUUCGGACAUCAUCGACGGGAACUUCCUCUCCUGGGUGUUCGGUUCCGCCCUCGUCGUAAUCCUGAGCGUUAGUUUCUAUGCGUUUUAUAAUCUUUAUCACGCGGUGCUGAAAAAAUUCCCCUCGCAUCACACGGAGCUGUAGAGAAUAUUUGGAAAAUUUUACAUUACGUAUUCUUAUUUCGAAAGUCCUGGAUCCUGCAGUGGAUGAAAGUGAAAAAGAGUUUUCUCAGGAACUAUAUUGUACUCGGUUACUACUCAAAAUCAGACGAAGAAGUUCGGUGAAAUUUCUCUCCAAUUUGGCACCUGCAGUGGUCAGAAGUCGAGUCCGAAUGUGAUGACUAGACAAAAUCUAAUUUAAUUUGUUCUUUGUUCGUGAUUCUAUAUUAUCAGAUUUUCAAGGCUAUGAUACGAAUCUCGUAUCUCAUUAUUUAGUACCUACUUCUGCAAUAAUUACAAUGUCAUAAAGUCUUCCCUGUUUAAGAGAAAAAAAAAAAAAAACUACGAAAUCGCGAUGCCAACUUUUACUCACAAAAAAGUUAUCGAUUUGCUCAUUUGUGCGAAACAAACAGAAAAAUAAUAAUGGAACAAACCUGUAAAGCAAUCCGCGAGAGGCAAGUGUAACAACUGUAGAUACACCAGAUUUCAACAGGUGAUUCAUAAUCACCUGCCUGUGCGUUGGACCACUUAUCGGUGGUAGGAAUAACACGAAAUUUUGCCUGAAUUGCAGGAAUAAAAUUAAGAAGAAUACUUCCAACUUAAACAAUAUAUCGCAUUAGAUCGCAAACCAAAAUUAUUAUUACGCACUUCAUACAUAACAAUAAGAUUAAUGCAUUACGCUCACGAAUGAAGUGGGGAGCCGGUCGAGCUUCAACAUCUUCGAAUAUCGCGUAGUUCUAUAUAAUUAUUUAGUGUAUGCAACAUGUAUAUGUAUAUUUUAGGUAUAACGUAGUUGACGCACAUUUUACCUAUAUAUACGAAGAGAAAUUUUUUACCUCGUAAUUAAAUUAUUCGGAUGACAUUCAGCAAAAUUUGUUGGUAGUCUCGAACAGAUUAUUAUAUAGAAGAAUGAUUAUAGUAUAGUCGAUUUAUAUUUAGCGGUUACUAAUUGAUCAUUAUUGUACCGACUAUCGUUCUCAUCGCGAUGCUCAUAUUUGCUCACAAUAUUAUUGUUGCAAGGCUGAAACUUGUGUAACAUCGUUUACUUGAACUCAGGCAAAACUGUUUGCAGUUAAUGCAAAACGUCGUACACAUGGAGAAAUGUUGAUACUCGUGUGAUUUCUUCCAUGUUUCACUUCAGUUUUUUCGAAGCGAUCGCAACUAUUCGAUGCCAAAUUAAAAUACCGCCAAUUCAUAUAAUACCUCGGUUGUGCCAAAGUGUAUGUAAUUGCCGUGUUUAAAAAUUGUUACAAUUAUACCACCUAUAUCUACGUGUGCAAGUCACGUUAAACCAAACGAAAAAAGAUCAAAGAAAGAA